AUGUCGCAAACACAGCAGGUCGAGCACACGGACUCGAUAUCCAGCCAGGACCCAGCCCGCGAAGACACCAAGAAGACGAAGAGCAGAAGGCCACCGACCCGCGACAGACCCAUCUUGACCCCAAAGACGGUCCUUCCGCUAUUCUUCAUCGUCGGCAUUAUAUUCGCGCCCAUUGGGGGACUGCUGCUGUACGCGAGCGCAAAGGUCAGCAUACUCGAUCAGGAAGUCCAAGAGAUCUCCAUCGACUACACCGACUGUGUCGCGAAUGCACCCAACACGACCGCGAACUUCGAGAUUGGCGAGUCACUCGCAGAGAUUCCUAGCCAACAUGUGUCGGCGACCUUCAAUACCAAGAUGAAAGAACAGCCCAGAUGGGGCCGUGCACGCGACAACUACACCUGGCCAAUGUCUGGAGUGUCCAGAGAGACAGAUGUCUGCAUAUUGAGCAUUGCCAUCCCCAAUGAUAUCAAGCCGCCGAUUCUGUUCUACUACCGCCUCACCAACUUCUACCAGAAUCAUCGUCGCUAUGUCAAGUCCGUCGACAUCGAUCAGCUCAAGGGCAAGGCAAAGAGUGCCGCUGAUAUCAACUCUGGCGAUUGUACCCCUCUCAAUACGAAUGAAGACAACAAGCCAUACUAUCCUUGUGGGCUGAUUGCGAACUCAAUGUUCAAUGACACCUUCGACAACUUCAGCAUUUCGAAUCUCCCAAAUGCCCCGGCAGAUGGCAAGCAGCAAUUUUUCAACUUUACCGCUCACGGGACGUCCUGGUCCCAUGAGGCUGAUCUCUACGGAAAGACUGCUUACAAGGCUGAUGAGGUAGUCCCACCUCCGUUCUGGAAGGACCAAUGGCCUGAAGACGGCUACAAUUCGACUGGACUUCCUGAUUUACAUACUUGGGAGCAGUUCCAAGUGUGGAUGAGGACUGCGGGCUUGCCGACUUUCAGCAAGUUAGCACAAAGAAGCGUUGACGACACGGUCAUGCGCGCCGCGACCUACAGGCUCAAGAUCUACAACCACUUCCAGGUCGAGAAGUACAGCGGCACCAAGUCCAUACUGAUCUCGACACGCACCGUCAUGGGUGGCAAGAACCCGUUCCUUGGGAUUGCGUAUCUUGUAGUGGGUGGUCUCUGCCUCUUACUCGGUGUCGUAUUCCUGGCUACGCAUCUCAUCAAACCAAGGUCAGCACAUUGCAACCCACAUUCCGGGACAUUUGUAGCUAACUUCCUUCUAGAAAACUUGGCGACCACACCUACCUUACGUGGAAUAACGAUCAGCCUAGUACAGCCACUACUACUGGUCGUGCAGGCGGCGCAUAGUCGUAUAUGGCAAUACAUCCGAGCUAAGCGCGCACUUUUCUUCGUCCAUUAUAUCCGUUAG